CCAUCGACGAGAAUUCAACAAGAUGAAGAUCGCAUGUGUGGUGGCUUUGACUUGCGCCCUGGCUGCUGUUGGCGCAGACCAGGAGCUGAUGCCCAAGCAAAAGAGAGGAGUGGCGCUUUUCGGGCAACAUGGAUUCGACGCUUUCGGUGCUGGUCCAAGUUUUGGGUCCUCAGGAUGGGCACCGAACAACUUCGCACCUCUGGGAUGGGGACCAUCACCUUCUUCCGACCUCGCUCUAGGACAGAUCCAGCUUCAAGCUACGCAUAACGUCGCCGUCCAGGCGCUGAAGGACUCCUCACCCAUCACUCCUGGGAUCGCCUAUCCCCCGGAAGUCGUCAGAGCCGUCCAGCAGGCCAAGGAAGCCAACCACAACGUUCUGGUAGCUCAGCAUCGCGUCGGCGAAGCGAAACAAGCUGCACUUCUUCAGCAAAAAAUCGCCCUGGCCAAGGAGGCAGCGGCUCGCGAAGCUACUCAAAGGUCUGAAGAGAUCUCGGCGCAUGCGCAGGCUGAUGCUCGCGCCAGUGCUCAGCAGUUGGUGGCUCUUCAGCAAAAGCUGGCCACCCUGAAGGAAGCCGUUGCAGCUGCACAGAGGGUUGCCGCGGCAAGGGAGGCAGCUGCAGCUGCAGCUAUCCAGAGAAAUGCUGCAGACACGGCUGCAGAAUUACGAAAGCAGGACGUCGACAAGCAGAUCACUCGCAGCGAGGAGGAAGCCAAGGAGAAGGACAUUAUCGCCGCAAAGCAGAACGCCAUUGCGAACGCAUUACAGAAUGCUGCGUCGGAGAAAUCAUCCUACCAUCCCUGGGGGUAG